CUGAUCCCCCCACACUCGCCCCUACACAGUCCCAGACCAAACCCUUUUUGCCUGUGAAAGAUGAGAACAUUUGGCUUCAAUUGGAAUACUAGUUGGCAGCCAUCGAUGCUCAGCUUGGAUUUUUAACGAAAGUGAGAGAAAGAGAAGAGUUAGAAGAACUUAGAAAGAGCAGUGAUGGAGAGGCAGUGCAGCUGAAGUCCGUCUACAGACAGGACUGUAUUAUCAUUAGACACUAGAGCCAUCUGCAGUCACAUAGAAGGAAGACAUAACAUUGCAGAUUAGGAAUUUCGAUGAAAUAUACGGAUAUUUAAGCAGAAGAGUAGAAAUGGGAAUUAUGCAAAGUAUUUUUUGUUAACCUGCAGUUGAUAGAGAGAUUAGAGUCGCCAUAGUCAGGUUCUAGCAGAAGAGCUUAGCCAGACAGCAUGGACUGCCAAAGAGCGGAGGAUGCUGGGAGUGGACAGAGAAGACUCCUUUGGAUAAUUCUUGGACCAUUUGCACUAAUAGUACUAGUUGCUGCCAUUUUUACCGCUUCUACCAUUGCAGAAAGGAAGACACAGGUAGACUCUGUGGUUGCUGUAAUACCAUCUCUUCGACUUCCAUAUCAUCUGAGGACAAAACGGUACACCCUGACUCCUGGCCUGCUCAAAUGGGACCAUUUCAAUUUGACAUACAGAAUUGUCUCAUUUCCAAGAAAUCUAAUUAAUGAGAGUGAAACAAGAAAGGGCAUAGCAACCGCCUUCCGUAUGUGGAGUGAUGUGACUCCCUUCUACUUCAAAGAAGUCCCUGCAGACCAAGAAAGCGAUUUGAAGAUUGGUUUCUAUGGUAUAAAUCACACAGACUGCCUGGAGUCAACCGUCCACUACUGCUUCGAUGGAACAACUGGGGAGUUAGCACAUGCCUACUUUCCAAAGACUGGGGAAAUUCAUUUUGAUGAUAGCGAAUACUGGAUUGUGGGGAACACCAGGUUCAGCUGGAAGAAAGGAGUUUGGCUGACAGAUCUGGUACAUGUAGCAGCACAUGAGAUCGGACACUCUUUGGGAUUAAUGCACUCUCUGAACAGAGAAGCUCUGAUGCAUAUUAAUGCCACGCUGACUGGGAAGAAGAUUAUUUCCCAGGAUGACAUGUGGGGGAUCUACAGCCUAUAUGGAUGCAGGGACAGAUAUCUGGUAUGUGCCAGCUGGGCACAGAAAGGGUAUUGUGAGUCCAGAAGGAAACCUAUGAAGAAGUAUUGCCCAUACAGCUGUGAUUUCUGUUAUGAUUUUCCAUUUCCUACACGAGUGCCAACACCAAUACCACCCAGAACCAAAGUUCGCCUGGUUCCAGAAGGCAGAAACAUGACCUUCCGAUGUGGGAAAAAAAUUAUCCACAAAAAAGGGAAAGUUUACUGGUACAAAGAUAACGAGCUCCUGGAAUACUCUUAUCCUGGAUACCUGUCCCUAAACGAUGACCACAUGAGUAUAAUUGCCAAUGCAAUCAAUGAAGGCCUCUACACCUGCAUUGUGAGAAAGAGGGACCGAGUGCUGACAACGUAUUCCUGGAAUAUAAGAGUACCAAUGUGAAAACUCUUAAAGCUAAAUGCAGAUUUGGACUACAGGGGACCAACAGUUCCACCGAUUAAAAAGGAGGCACCACCAUUUCUUUGCAGCUAGCCACGUGCCUUGUCUAAUUACAAGAGCGUCUAGACUCUCUGAACUUGGCUGGGUAUGGUGGUGAUAGAAUGGGAACAUGUCUACUGAGGAAUCAUUGUAUUAUUGAGCUUUGCACAUUUUACCCCUAAACAUGUCUAAUUGCUAGGGAGGUACAAAACCCCUUGCUGGGGUGGAUUUAGUAGUAUUUUUGUACAGCAUUAUGAUCAACAUUUUAACAUUAGAACUCCAAAAUGCCUAGUUAGUAUGGCAAUGCAAAGAGGAGAGGGAACGCAGUCACUUAUAGCAACUAGAUUUCCGAAGAUAGAAAAUUAAUAUGGAUUAGUUGCUAUGGGUUACCACUUCUUUCCUUACUGAAUAAGUUCAUGAGACUAAACUAGAAGUGUUAUUUAUACCACAAGAUGUGUUUCUCAAUAAUAUAUCUAAUAAAUCCUGGAAUUUGAUAGGAAAA